UGAAUACAGUCCCUACAAACAUACCACCUGCGUAUGUUUGUCAUUUGCAGAAGACUUAACCAGCAGAACUACAGUUGACACUGGAAGGUGCAAACCAGAAUAAAAACAGGAAAUCCAAAUUCACCUGUCUGAAAUGGAUAUAAAAGGGCCUGCGGAGUUCUGGAUAAAGAAAAACAGCUUCACAACCAUGAAGGUUCUGACCAUCAUUGCACUUAUGUGUGUUGCCCUCCCAGCUAAAGCUAAAGCAGCAGAUCCUGUUGAGACUCCUGCACCAGAGAAUAACCUGGGUGAUACCACAGGUUUUUCAGAGGAGGAAGUACAGUCUCAAGAUGUUGAAGAGUUGGCUCCAAGAAGUGUGCGCAUGUUCUGCCCUGACGGAUGGUUCAGCUACCAAUCAAAGUGUUAUAUAUUUGUGAACACUCCAUUGACCUGGUUCGAUGCUGAGAAACACUGUAAUGAACUUGGGGCCAGUCUGGCCUCCACUGGCUCAUCCUCUGAGUACCGUUACCUGCAACAGAUAACAAGAACAGCCAACAAAGCAUCUGCCUGGAUCGGUGGAUUCUACCUGCAGGGAUCUUGGCUGUGGAUUGACCGUUCAGGAAUGUACUAUACCAACUGGCACACCCAGAGCUCUCCAACUGCCAGCUCCUGCAUGUACCUGCAGUCCACAGCGGGCCUGGGCUGGAAGAACUCAGGAUGUGGCACACAACUUCCAUUCAUCUGUGUGAACAACUAUCGCUGUUAGUCAAGAUGACAUUUUAUGGUUAAUCCAGUCAACCACAGACCAUUUACCACAUGAAGAUGUUACCUGCUCGACACCUGUUUUGUAAAGGCCUUGAAAAGUGAUUUCUGUUACUACUCACUGUAUGUGUUUCUCAAAUGGCAGAGGUGCUGCCAUUUCAAAUGCAAUCAUGCUUUUACUUUAUUGUACGCUUUCUAAAUGGUUUCAUCUAAUAAACGUUUAAGUAUUGUA